CACGCACACACACUCACACACACACACACACAGAUGUUUGUUCUAUAACAGCAACACAUAUCAGAACUUAAAAAAAAAAGGUUACUUAGUAAUAUAAUCGACUGGUUGGCCCGCAUUCGAAUUUUCCCAUUAUUCUCACAAUAUGCCUGGUUGUCAAACCGAUUUAAUAAAGAACCAGGUUCCACGUCUGUCAGGCGGGUGGACCCCGAUCCCGACCCAUCCUCGGCUCCCGCCUGGAGCAGAACUUCCCGCCUGGAGCAGAACUUCCCGCCUCAGUACCGCAAGGUCUCGUGGGAAACGCAGUCUCGGCUUCCAAUGACGUCACCAGCACACGACGGUGGGAAGGGCCUUUUGGAUUCCUUUGCGCAUGCGCCGCCCCGCCCACUUCCGCCGUCUUCCGCCUGAGAAUCCCGCCGUUGCUGGCGUGGAGAGGCUGCUGUGGAGGCUCUGAGAGUACAGAGGAGCUACAGUUUAUGUAAGAUACACAUAAGAGAUAUGCAUCUACAGAAGAAUGAACUCUGACAUUCCUAUUCUUGUGAACCUGGGCUGAUGACUUGAGGAGAAAUGUGCUGUUACAGGGGUUGGUGUCCUUUGAGGAGGUAGCUGUGCAUUUCACCUGGGAGGAGUGGCAGGACCUGGAUGAUGCACAGAGGACCCUGUACAGGGAAGUGUUGCUGGAGACCUACAGCAUCCUGGUGUCAUUGGGCCAUUGUGUUACCAAACCUGAGGUGAUCUUCAAGUUGGAGCAAGGAGCAGAGCCAUGGUUAGGAGAAGAAUGGGCAAACCAGGGCCUCUCAGAUGUCCAGAUGGUUGACAUAAUUGAAAGAAGCCAGGAAAUUCAUCAUAGACAUAUGUGGCAAGUGGCAAUCACCAACAACAAAACAUCAACUGAAGAAACGGUUGAAUUAGGAAUCAUAAUUAAUUUGAGCUCAAACCAUAUUCCAAGUGUGUUGGUAAAUAAUGCAAGUUAUUCAGGAAUGAGGCCUGAGGAGUUAAAUAUAAGUCAGAAAAUCUCUCUCUCUGUUGAGCCUCAUGAAAUGCAGGCAGAAGGAAAACCUCAUGAUCGAAGUAUAACUGGGAAAUCUCUCACACAUGGUGAGUAUCUUAGUCACCAUAACAAGAUUCAUAUGAGGCAGCAGCUUUUUGAAUAUAGUGGACAAGGAAAAGCCUUCAGCACUGAGGCAGAGAAGAGUCCUGUGGGAGAGAUGGCAUGUACAUAUAAUGAAUAUGAGAAACCCUGUGAUAAGUCAGCACUCACUUCCCAGAAGAUAACUGCUGAAUGUAAUGUAUGUGGGAAAAUGUUUCACAAAAAGUCUAAGCUUACCAAACAUCAGAAAAUACACACAGGAGAGAAACCCUGUAAAUGUAUACAAUGUGAGAAAUCAUUCAUUAAGAAAUCAUACCUUGCAAAUCAUCAGAGAACACAUAUGCGAAAGAAACCCUUUGCAUGUACCAAAUGUGAGAAAUCCUUCUGUCAGAAGUCAAACCUAAUUGUUCAACAGAGAAUCCACACAGGGGAAAAACCCUAUGAAUGUCAUGAAUGUGGAGAAACCUUCUGCCAAAUGUCAGCCAUUAUUUAUCAUCACAUAAUACACACAGGAGAGAAACCGUAUGAAUGUAUCGAUUGUGGGAAAACCUUCUACCAGAGGUCAGCCCUUAAUGUACAUCAGAGAAUUCACACAGGAGAGAAACCUUAUGAAUGUAAUGAAUGUGGGGAAACCUUUUAUCAGAAGUCAGUCCUGACUGUACAUCAGAGAAUUCACACAGGUGAAAAACCAUAUGAAUGUAAAGAAUGUAGGAAAAGUUUCUACCAUAAGUCAGCCCUCACUGUACAUCAGAGAACUCACACAGGGAAGAAAUCCCAUGAAUGUGGGAAGUCAUUCUGCCAGAAGUCAUCCCUUACUAUACAUGAAAGAAUUCACACAGGGGAGAAACCAUAUGAAUGUAAAGAAUGUGGGAAAAGCUUUUGUCAAAAGUCAACCCUCAAUAGACGUCAGAGAACUCACACGGGAGAAACCAUAUGAAUGUAAAGAACGUAGGAAAGCUUUCUACCAGAAGUCAGCUCUUGCUGUACAUCGUAGAACUCACACAGGUGAAAAGACCUAUUAACAUGCUGAAGGCGUGAAAAGCCUUAUUAGCAAAUCAUAUCCUACAGCAUAUCAGUGGAUACAUAUGGAAAAGAAACCCUGCUCAUGUAACCAGUGUGAGAAAUACUUCAGGCACAAGUCAAGCCUUACUAUCCAUCAGAGAAGUCACACAGGGAAAGCCCUAUGGCUGUAGUGAAUGUUGCAAACACCUUUUAGCAGAAGCCAAACCUUAGGAGGCAUCAAUAAAUUCAUACACGAGAGAAAGUGUGAGUGUAAUGAAUGUGGAAAAACCUUUUGUCUAAAUACCUCAGCAGGUACUAGGGAAUUCACAUAGGAGAGAACUCCUGUGUGUCAAGAGACUGGCUAUGUUUUCUAUAAAAUUCACCUUUUUUUUCUCCUGGACACAUGGAGUGCAUUUCUCAGCCCCAUGUUAUUGUGGCUGAGACAUACAAUUGAGCUCUGCAGUAGACUGUACACAAGUUAGGGUUAGGGUCAAAUAUUCCUGACAUUGAAAAAAGAAACAUUUUAUUCAGACAUCAAAGCAGAACUUUUAUGUAUGCUUUUGGAGGAAGUCACCAUGCAGAGCCCACACUUGAGGAGUGGUGAGUUAGCCCCACCUCCUUGAUGGCUGAGUGUCUAUAUCAGGUAUUUGGAAUUCUUCUGUGUAAGAGAUUUAUAUUCAGGCCAUUUAUGUAUCAAUUGAAUCAUAGAUACCAGCAUGGACACUCAGUUACUUUAAUGUUUUGGUUGUUAUCCAGUUCUGCAGUAUUUUGUUGCUCUUUGUUUAUACCCUGUGGCCAUUGGGAGCUCUUUCCACUGGCUCCUUUGACAUAAUUUCAUGUUAUUUAUUUACAAUUUCGUUCCGUUACUUCAGAAGUACCUUGGCUCAUAUAUUUUGUGUCCCAGUCCUAGUUUCAGCCAUUUUUUCAAAGACCCCUGAUUUCCUCUGCUAGAGAAUGGUAUUAAAAACUUACAUCUGGCCACUAAAUGUGGUUAUUGCAUCAUGACCCUCACAGCUGACAGUGUGAACAAAUAUAUGUGUGUAUUCUAACUUUUAUGUAGCCACUUGAUUAUACAGGUUUCUACAUGGAACUAUCUGUGUAUAUAAAGUUAAAUGUGAGUUUAUAUCUAUGUUUCAUAUAUGUAUUCUGAUCCAUUAUCACAGAGAUCAUUCCAGGCUUCCCACAUUUCUUAUCUGUAACUUCUCACUCUUAACAGUGAGGAACCUGGCUGUCACUAUCUGCCAUUUAUUUCAUCCCUUGUUCCAUUGGGAACAAGGAAUUCAUUCCUGAUCCAGAUUCCAGGUUGGGACUUAAUGAGAAAUAUAUUUGGUCUCUGUCUUCAGUUCAUAGUACAGAGCUCCUAAAACUUUUAUAAUUUCCUGAACAAUAGGGGCGCUAGGAACAUCUUGUGUUCUAACAUUUGGUCUUUAGCCCUGGUUCCUGAUGUGGAGUUCCUAAAUUCCUUGGAAUCUCCUGAGUGAUAGGAAUGUCUUCUGUAAGGACCGUCUUUGGUUUCCUGGAUGGUUUCAGGAUGGGGGAUGAUCAGAAAGACCAAGCCAUGAUAAGAAGCUUGUAACUUUUAGCUUCACACACAAUCCUUUGAGGGUGUGAAGGGACUGGAGAUUGAGUUAAUAGUUGAUCAUGUCUACAUGAUGAAGCUUUCAUAAAAAUUCCUAAAGUAUGGAAUCUGGAAAGUCCCACAUCAACUCUGACAGAUUUGAUAUCUAGUGAGGGCUCAUCUUUCAUAGAUAGUGCCUUCUAGCCAUGUCCUGACAUGGCAGGAUUGGGGGAAAAAGGCUCCUAGAUUAUUUGAUAAGGGUGCUGGUUUCAUUCAUGAGGGCAGCACCCUCAUGAUCCAAUUACCCCUCAGUUACCUCUGAAUACCGUCCCUUUGGGGAUUAUGUUUCAACAUAGGUAUUUGGAGGGUAUACACACAUUGAGACCAUACUAACUAGUAAACAUAAGUAAGAGUUUCCCUGAGUUCCAUAAGCCAUAAUAGCAAAUUACCAAACCUGAGGAGGGGGUGUAGGAGUGCAUAGUUUCUAGCCAAGUCAUAGAAGUUUGGGUAAACUGGGGAUUCACUACUUUUGGUUGGCAUCUGAGGUUGGGGACAGCCUGGUGUUACUAAGCCCUUAACCUGUAGGGUCUGUACAACCUUCAGUAAUUAAUGUCAUAAUUGAAUUAUAGGACACCCAAUUGUCCAGAGUGUUGGAAAAUUGGUUGGUUUGGGAAACAUCACCCACCCCAAUUUGCUGUCAGAAGUGACAUGUUGAGAGUACAGGGGAAAAUCAUGGUUAUUUUUCUUUUUACAGAUAUAGUGGUUUCAAAAUUCACUAUUAUCCCUAUGGGAAAUAGCUUUAUAAAAUAGAGUCCACUGUUUGUGUAUCGUACAUUUUGCUUUUAGUCUGUGAAUUCUACUCAUUACCAAAAUGACUUAGGUCAGUACCUUUGGCCCACCAUUUGCAACAUACAUUGGUAAUACAAUUAGAUUCUUAGUUGCACUCUGUAUUUUGUCCUUAGAUCCUUCCAUGACCUAAAUAAUUUAAUUUGUGUAGAUUGUGAUUUGUUCUUUCUGCUUUAAAAUUCUGUGGGUUUCAAUAUAGACAUAGUGUUGGAUAUCCACCACUAAAGUACCAGAAUACUUAAAAUCCCCACCCCAGUCACUCAUCUGAUUAUCAUCUCUGUAGCUGUGCCUUUUCCAGAAUGUCACGUGAAUGGAGUCAUAUAAUGUAUAGCAUCUUCAUGCUGCCACCCUUCACUUAGCAACAUACAUGCAAGAUUCAUUCAUUUAUUUUCAUGGGUUGAAAGUUCAUUCCUUUUUGUUGCUGAAUGGUAUUUUGUUGUAUGUCAAGUUGAUUAUGCUAGUUUUUGUUUGAAAAUAAUUUUUCAAAGCAUCUGUCUAAACAUACACAUUUCAGGGGCACAUUUGUUGGAUUGUAGGUAAGCCUUGUUUAUCUUUGGGAAAAACUGCCAAACUAUCUCCCAAAGUGGCUGUACAAUUGAUGCGUUCUGCUAAGAGUGAAUGACAGUACCUGUUGUUCUUCAACCUCCAAUUGUUGUUGAGCUUUUCUUAGAGUCUUACAGUUCUAGGUGUGCAGUGGUAUCUCUGCAUUAUUUUAAUUUGCAGUCUGCUAAUGAGACAUGAUGUUGAACAUCCUUUUGUGUAAUUAUUUGCUAUCUGUAUAUUUUCGGUGUUUGUUUGUUUUUAAGACAGUGUCUCGCUCUGUCAUUCAGUCUGGAGUGCAAUGGCGUGAUUUUGGCUCACUGCAAACUCCGCCUCCUGUGUUCAGGCAAUUCUUUUGCCUCAGCCUCCCAAGUAGCUGGUGCCCACCACCACGCCUUGCUAACAUCCAGAUUUGGAGUUAUUUUCAGGAUUGGUUUGGCUUUUCAGGAUUCCUUGAAAUUCCAUGUAAACAUUAGAAUCAGCUUUCCCAUUUCUGUCCCAGGGCCUUUGGGAUUUUUGUAGGAAUAACAUCGAAUCUGUAGAUUGCUUUGUGUAGUUUGGCAAACUUAACGAAUAAUGGUCUUCAAAUCCAUGAAUGUGACAUGUUUUUACAUUUAUUUGGGCUUUGUUUAAUUUCCUUAAGCAAUGCCUUAUAAUUUCCCUCUUUUAAGUCUUACCCUUUGAUUACAUUUAUUCCUAAGCAUAUUAUUGCCAUUGGUAUUAUUUAAAGUGAAGUUUUUAUAAUUUUGUUUUCAGAUUAUUCAUUGCUAGUGUAUAUGUAUAAAAUGGAUUUUUUUGGCC